GGUUCAAGGACGGGAUCUCCUCGUGUGACAUGAGUUCAGAGUAGGCGGAGGAUUCUUGUGACCUGAUCUAGUUGUUGGACGAGCUCGCUGGGAGUGCAGGAUGGCGUCCGAGGGCGGGCAAACAGCGUUCAAGAACGCCGGUCUGGAGACUCCAGAUGUCGUGGUCAUCAUUGUGUUCAUCAUUCUCUGCCUCAUGGUCGGAAUCUGGGCCACAUGGCGUACACAGCGAGGCAGCGUCAGCGGAUACUUCCUGGCUGGCCGAGACAUUAUGUGGUUCGCUAUUGGAGCGUCCCUCUUCUCGAGCAACAUCGGCAGCGGAAGUUUUAUCGGUCUGGGCGGGACAGGAGCAGCCAGCGGUAUAGCUGUGGCCAGUUAUGAGCUGAACGGCCUGUUUUGUCUGCUACUGCUUGGCUGGUUGUUCGUGCCCGUCUACAUCUCUAGUGGGGUUUACACAAUGCCCGAGUAUCUGAUGCGCAGAUUUGGCGGUCAGAGAUUGCAGCUUUAUAUGGCGGUCUUGUCACUUAUCAUCUAUGUCUUCACCAAGAUAUCCGCGGACAUCUACGCAGGCGCCAUCUUCAUCCAGCAGGCUGUCAACUGGGACAUGUACGCCUCUAUUGUCGCUCUCCUCGUCGUCACCGCCAUCUACACAGUGUCAGGAGGAUUGCGAGCUGUCAUCUACACAGACACCAUGCAAACCGUCAUCAUGAUCAUUGGCGCUAUCAUCCUUAUGGGCAUCAGUUUCAACGAAGUGGGCGGUAUCGCGGCCCUGUACGAGAAAUACCCACAAGCCAUCGCCUCCACGAAUCUCAUGGGUUCCAGCAACAGUACUAAUGUCACAAUGAACAGCUGCGGUAUCCCCACCUCCGAUGCCUUCCACCUGCUGAGACCGGCAGACGCCGGAGAUCUGCCCUGGCCGGGAAACGUCUUCGGCAUCACCAUCCUCAGCAGCUGGUACUUCUGUAACGAUCAGGGGGCGUUUUGGGGCCUGAUGAUUGGCCUGGCGGUGGGGAUAACCCGGAUGGGUCUGGACUUUGGUUACGGCACACCGGGCUGUGGCGAGGAAGACCCGAGGCCCGCCAUUGUGAGCAAGGUCCACUUCCUGCACUUCACCAUCAUCCUGUUUGUCGUGAGCGUUAUAGCAACCAUGCUCAUCUCUGCCCUGACCAAACCCAUACCCAAAAAACACAUCCGGCUACUCUGCCUGGCUGGAGAAAGAUCCUGUACCUUAUAUGUGGUUAUGAGCCCCCUCGUGAUGUGGAGAUUAGCCAAGAGGAGGUGGACUUGUUCAAGAAACAGAUGAACAAUAUAGAGGAGAAGGGUUUUUGGAAGAUCUUCGUGAACGCUAAUGCUGUGGUGCUUAUGUCAUUCGGAGUUUUCUUGUGGGUUUUCUUUGCGUAGUGGUUCCCGCGAUAUCAAAAAUAUAACCUCCCUCCGUGGACAUGCGUGGUUUUGAAAGAUGGGUCUGCACAACUGGAUGUCCGGGUAACUUCUUAAGAGUUGAAGCCUGGGUUGAUAUGUAGAUAGAUUCUGUCACGUGAUUAUUGUAAACUUAUUCUUUCUGUUCGAUUUGUUGACUUCAGAGCCUUGGCUUUCCGUCACAAUUUCAAAAGUGAGGACAACAUAAUUGAAGGGGGCAGAAAAAUACAGGGUCUAAGCCACAUUUUGAUUUUUGUUUAAGGGUUCAAAGUAUGACGACACACAUCAAGGGAGACUACACAAGAUAGAAGUUGGAUAAUGAUAAUAAUCAUAAUAAUCAUCAUCAUUUGUGUGGCGUGCUGACAAAAUGAGUUACUUCUCGCAAUCCACAAAUGGAGAUAUUGGCCAAAAAUCAACACCGAGGUCAAAUUAGCAGAUCUUUUAU